AUGGGAGAUCUCCUCAAGCUGGUUAGAGGGAAUGGUUGUGACCAGAAAUUCAGUUCUAAAGAUAUGAAAUCGGGCAAGAUAUCAUCCCCAAACUUUCCAGCACCUUACGCUGAGCUGACGACGUGUCAUUAUUUCUUUGAAUCUAUUGGUGACGGAAGGAUUGAAGUUGAAUUUGAUUAUUUUGAAUUGGAAGGAUUGGGCCCUGGAGACAGCACUUGCAGAUUUGAUUAUAUAGAUGUAUUUAGCGUCGAUAAAAUGGGCUACAGAACACGUUUAAAUCGUUACUGUGGGAAGAAAAUACCUCCGAAAAUAAUUUCUGUCCAACCAAACCUCGAGAUAGUCUUUGUCUCUGAUCAUACAAAAAUUGCUUCCGGUUUCUCGGCGCACUUCACCUUCUUAGAUGACAGUUGGCGUCCAUUUCGUCCAUCAACACCUGGCUGUGGGCCGGAAAUACUCAGCGGCUGGGGAGGAGUGAUUACUUCCCCUGAUUUUCCCGAACCAUUCCGUGGUGGUACUGAAUGUACAUGGUUAAUUAAAGUUCGCGAGGAACAGCAAAUUAUUGUAAAUAUUAUCUCGCUUGAUUUAGGUCAAACUUCCGAAACGUGUAAAGAUUUUAAGUUAUUGAUAUACAAUGGUUUUGCUACUCCCGACAUGUUACCAGAGAUUUCUAUGUGUGGACAACUGAAUGAUUAUUCUUCCAGUCGAAGACAAUUUCUCUCCCAUUCUUCCCGAGUUGUGAUUAGAUUUGUAACAAGUCAAACUAAUGUAAAUCAUGGUAAUGGUUUUAAAGUAAGUUGGACGGCAGUACAGAUGCCGGAAGAUGGUCCCUGUGGUCAGUUCCAAUGUGGCGGGGGUAAAAGGUGUAUAGAUGAUAUGAAUUGUGAACCAUCACCUAAGUAUUGUAUACACAGAUCCUUGAAAUGUGAUGGUGUACCUAAUUGUGGACCUUUCGAUGACAGCGAUGAAAGAAAAUGUCCAAGGGAGAUAAUAAUAAUGACAGCGUCAAUUGCCAUUCCAAGUCUAGCUAUUAUAUUAUUGGUAGUAUUAGUUAUUUAUUGUUAUCGUCGUAAACGAGUGAAAAAAUCCACAUCUCAGGAACAACCAUUGACUACUAGCCAUAGGCAAAUAUCACGUGACUCCAUGGCACCACGAGGUGGACAGUUAGUGAUGCAUACCAGCUUUAUAGACGUUAAACCUGUAGAGGAAUCAGAUCCGGAAAUUGAUCCAGAUUCUCUCCCUUUACCUUCACCUCCACCGGAUCUAGAACCAGUGCCAUCUUUGACAAUGGACACACCAUGUCCGCCCCCACCACCCCCAGUGGCUAUCGCCACGCCAUCCCCUGUUAUUCCAAUAGAUAAUGGUUUUAUGCCAACGGAACCUAAGACAAAGUCAAGUUUGAAAAAAGAUUCGUAUUCUGUUAGACCAAAACAUAUAACGUACGAAGAUAAAAAUGUGAUUAUUGCUGAGAUAUGA